AUGGAGUUCUUGAUUCGUUUCGCGCAAGUCCACGAGUCGUUUCGAAAGCCCGAAAUUGAGGCUCUUGCAACUCUUGUGGGGACUAAUGUUGAGUUCUUAGAAUACACAGAAAAUACACCGUUUGCCCUCAUCAAACUCCAAGAUGAGGCCACUGCAAGAGCAGUCAUAUCUCGAAGCAUCCUUGCAAAGGGUAUUUAUGAAGUCUGGGGACAGGGUCAGACUUAUGCAGAACUACACGCGAAUAUCCGUAAACGGACUGCAUCGAGAUGGAACGACUUUAAAAACAUAUCAUUCAAAUUUUCCAUAGAUACCUAUGCGGGGAAACGCUCAGCAGAGGAGAAACUUCAAUUAAUCCAGUCUUUCGCAUACAUGGGUUUUCAAGGUACAAUCACAAUGACCGAUCCUGAUGAGAAGUUUUGCGUAUUUGAAGAAUAUCCGCGGCGCCCAGUUAAGCCAGGUGAAAUGCGACCUGCUCCAAAUUUGCUCUACUUCGGUAGAUGGAUUGCGUGUGGGAGCAGAGAUGUCAUAGAUAAGUACGACUUGAAGAAACGAAAUUAUAUUAGCACCACCUCAAUGGAUGCCGAGUUGACCCUGGUUACGGCGAACAUGGCUCUGGCGGCGCCAGGCAAGGUUUUUUUUGAUCCAUUUGUGGGAACUGGAAGCUUUUGUGUGGCUAUGGCACAUUUUGGAACAUACACACUGGGCGCUGAUAUUGAUGGACGCAGCUUCAGUGGUAAAGAUAAGCAGAAAGGCAAAUCGAUAGGCCUCGUCUCGAACCUUGAGCAAUACAGUAUCCAGCAAUAUUUCUUGGAUGUUUUCAUCUCAGACCUGACGAACACCCCCAUUAGGGCAACGCAGUUUCUUGAUGGCAUUAUUUGUGACCCACCGUAUGGUGUUCGAGAAGGAUUAAAAGUGUUAGGAAGCAAGGACGGUAAAAAGCGGGAACCGUUUCUUUUAAACGGUGUCCCAAGUUAUUCUUUGGACGGAUACAUUGCCCCCAAAAAGCCGUACAGCUUCGAUGCAAUGCUAGACGAUAUUCUUGAGUUUGCUUCUAUCGCCCUCGUCCAAGAUGGGAGAAUAUCGCUCUGGAUGCCCACAGCCAAUGAAGAUGAUGUCGAGCUUCAAAUCCCAAGUAAUCCGCAUCUUGAACUUCUGAGCGUCUGUGUGCAGCCUUUUGGUCGUUGGUCUCGUCGCCUUCUCACAUACCGUCGGCUUCCAGAUGGAGAAGUCUCGCACUUCAAACCUCGGCGACAGAGGGAAGGGAUAAAUGGUGUGAAUGCAGACGAUUUAAAUGCCUUUCGGAGAAAGUACUUUACAAAAUCCAAAUCGGAACCCAGAGAUAGCCCUGACGAUAGGGCACCCUGA